UCUGUGGACAAGGGCAAACAGUCAGUGUCAGCGUUUCUUUUUGUACCUGACGGUCAAACAUGGCGAGGCUGUUGAGGUUAAACGUCAGGAGUUUUGUCACAUCCCAGCUGAGAAUGUCCUCCGAUCAGCUGGGUGAGCUGGGAAAAGGUGCAGGAAAAGGCGGCGGCGGCGGCGGCUCCAUCAGGGAGGCGGGCGGCGCCAUGGGGAAGAAGCAAGCCGCUGAGGAGGAAAUGUAUUUCAAACGGAAAGAGCAGGAGCAGCUGGCGGCCCUGAAGCAGCAUCACCUGGAAGAAAUCGAUCACCACAAGAAGGAGAUCGAACGCCUGCAGCGUGAGAUUGAUCGCCACAAGGGAAAGAUCAGGAAGCUGAAGCAUGAUGACUAAGUGGAACAGUCCAAAAAAUAAAAUUUACUUUUCUUUGCCUUUAUUCUUAACACCUGUUGCUGCAUGCAUUUACCAGCCAGGACAUGAAUGUGUGGAAGUUGCUUUUGAAAGAUAUUAAAUCUCCUCCUCUACUGGUGUUUUGGUUGUUUGCUGCAGUAACAAUCAGCAAUUUCAGACUGAAGUUCAUCAGUGCAUUUUAUGUUUCAGGUCACAAACUGUCAUGAAGUACAGUAAAAACUGUGUUUGUUAACAUGAGCUUUUUGCACCGUUUAAAUAGAUAAAAUUGUGCAUUAAACUGCAAGUUUGAAACACGAAAA